AUGACUACCAACCCACCCCCAGGAGCAGAAGUCCUCCUCCCCCCAGCACAACCACCAGCUCCACACCCCCUCGUCGGCCGGACAAUAACGCUACACCCCAUCCAAGAAUCCCACACCCAGGGCCUCUGGAAUAUUGUCGGCGGUACCACCGAUCCCAAAAAGACCGCAGUCUGGACCUACCUCCCCGAAGGACCCUACCCAGAAGACACAUACACCGACUUCAAAACCUCCAUCCAGAAAAAGACCACGAGCAAAGACCCCUUCUUCUACACGAUCUUCGACAACCGCACCCAGAAACCCCAAGGCUGGAUCACGCUCAUGAGCAUUGUGCCGGAGCACCUCCGCGUCGAAAUCGGGCACGUGCUCUUCGCCCCGGAACUGCAGCGUACGACGGGCGCUACGGAGGCGGUGUAUUUGUUACUGCGGUAUGCCUUCGAGGAGCUGGGGUAUCGGCGGGUGGAGUGGAAGUGUAAUGCCCUCAAUGAGGGGAGUAAGCGGGCUGCGAGACGGUUGGGGUUUGUCUUUGAGGGGGUGUUUAGGGAGCAUAUGGUUGUGAAGGGAAGGAAUCGGGAUACGGCGUGGUUUUCGUUGCUGAAGGGGGAGUGGGAGCGGGGGGUGAAGGGGGGAUUGGAGGGGUGGUUGCAUCCGGGGAAUUUUGAUGAGAGUGGGAAACAGAGGAGGGGGUUGGAGGAUAUUCGGGAGGGUGUUUUGGGGUCUCUAUAG